GAGGCCUGCCCAGGGGUCCCUUGGCAGAGGAGUCCAGCGGCCCACACGGCAGGGCUGAGGCAGGGCGAGGCACGUCUUCCCCUCUCCCCUCGACGGCUCCCAGCAUAGGUCCUGGCCAUGAGACCUCCGCAUCUCCACCUCUCCGCCGCCUCCGGCGCUCAGGGCGGCCUGGGGAAGCUGCUGCUGCUGCCGCUACUGAUGGCGCAAUUCUGGGUCUCGGAGGCUCUGCUGCUCCCCGCAAACGACACAAGCUCCAACUUCGUGGCCUCCGGCGCCCCGUGCGCUCACGGCUCGCAGCCCUGGCAGGUGUCCCUCUUCAACGGCCUUUCGUUCCACUGCGCCGGCGUCCUGGUGGACAGGAGUUGGGUGCUCACCGCUGCACAUUGCGGGAACAAUAAGCCCCUGUGGGCUCGAGUCGGGGAUGACCACCUGCUGCUGCUGCAGGGCGAACAGCUGCGCCGGACGUCUCGUCCUAUCGUCCACCCCAAGUACCAGCAGGGCUCGGGCCCCAUCCUGCCGAGGCGCACAGACGAGCACGACCUCAUGCUGCUGAAGCUCGGCAGGCCCGUGGUGCCGGGACCUCGAGUGCGGCCACUGCGCCUGCCCUUCCGCUGCACGCAGCCCGGGGACCAGUGCCAGAUCGCUGGCUGGGCCACAACAUCCUCCCGGAGAGUGAAGUACAACAAGGGCCUGAGUUGCUCCAGGGUCACUAUCCUGAGCCCUAAGGAGUGUGAAGUCUUCUAUCCCGGCGUGAUCACCAGCAACAUGAUGUGUGCAGGCCUGGAUCAGGGCCAGGACCCCUGCCAGAGUGACUCUGGUGGCCCUCUGGUCUGUGACGAGACCCUGCAGGGCAUCCUUUCAUGGGGCGUUUACCCCUGCGGCUCCGCCCAGCAUCCGGCCGUCUACACUCAGAUCUGCAAGUACCGCUCUUGGAUAGAGAAGACCAUCCGCUCCAACUGACGCAGGAGCUGCCCCGCAACCCCCUCUCCACCUGCCCUCUUCCUCCAACUUCCCCUCCUUCCUCCAGCUGGGCUGGGCGCUCCCCCUGCCCCACUCAAAUUUCUUCCGCCCGUUCACACCUGCUAACAUCUCCCCUCUUUCCUCACACCCCUUGCCCAAUGCUGUUCUUUGCCCAUGCUGAAGCUGAGAUGCAGAAAGCGGUCGCCAAGUUUUGUUCAUGAGAAAUGAAGCUGGUAGUCACUAGUCUCUGAGAGAAGUUAUCCAUCACCUGAUCUGGCCUUCUUCACUGCUGCCUGCUGUGUGACCUUGGGCAAGCCAAGUACCUUCUCUGAGCCUCAGUUUAGCCUCACUUGGAAAGCCGGAACAAUGAAGUGCUUACCUCAUAAAACAUGUCAUGAGGAGACUAUAACAUGUGUGUGUAGAUUGUCAUGGAAAUUGCCACGUCAAGUAUUAACAUGGUGGGUGGUGAACUCUGACUAAAUGGCCCCAGGUCCUGGUGGGCAUGUGUGUGAUUUUUGUGACCUGGGGAGAAAAGCGCAGGGGUAGCCUCUAAUCCUAACCACCCUUUGCAUUCCCAGCCCCGUCCAUCAGGAAUGAUGGGAGAAUCGCAUUUCUUUCUUCCUGUCAAGUUCUGUGGAGCACCUCUUAACCACUUCCUUCUUCCCUCCCACUGUUUCCCAUGUUGGGGUCCACCCAACACCUGUUCCUCCUGUCCCAGGAACUAGGCUGUCUCUGAGUCAUCUGGUACCUUCCGUGCCCGGCUAGGGCCACCGAAACUCAAGGGACCUCAAUUACAGGCAUCUUAGCCUCUAAGACGAGAGGACCUCUCCCUACCUCAGUUGCUAAGUUUACGCAAAGAAACUCUCCGAAAUUUAAGGGAAAUGUUUUGGUUUCUUGGUUAGAUCCAUCCCCAUCCAAUUCCAUCUCUACCACAUCUCCAUUCUCAUUGGCCGACCUGACAACCAGACACUCUGACUCCAUCCCCUCCCCUCACCUAAAUGGGCUUUGAGCUUUUUGCCCUGAAAAUUUGGGACGAAGGGGUUCUUGUCCUCUCCCUGAAACUGUUACAGUGUAAAUAUUCCCGUGCUAGGGGCUAAAUGGGACUUCCCAGGAGGCGCUAGUGGCAAAGAAUCCACCUGCCAAAGCAGGAAGAUCCCCUGGAGGAGGAGAUGGCAACCCACUCCAAUAUUCUUUGCCUGGGAAAUCCCACAGACAGAGGAGCCUGGCCCACUACAGUCCAUGGGGCCACAGGGAGUCGGACAUAACUGAGCACACAGAACAGGGGCUAUUAUACGCAGAAUCCAAGCAAAGCUAACAGAAGUCUGGGUGUCUCCUCCGCUGAGCCUGGACUUUAGAGUGGCAACACAAGCAGAACACGCGCACGAUAGAAAUUUUCCAACCUGCA